UUGCUCAAACUGCACCAUGUUUUUAUAAACUCUCAAAUGAAAUGCUAAAGGAUAUCGAAUUUUACACAAAAUCUGCAGAAGGUAUGGGUGCUAAGAUGCAGUAUAAUCUUCUAAAAGUGAAAUAUCAAGACAGCUAUAUUGAUAAGAAAAAUUUAUCCAAUGCUAUUCAAAAGUUCAGAAUUCCAUCAUAUGAAAAAACAAAAACAGAUGCUGCAGAAACUUUGCAACAAUUAAUAGCUUUAAAAGUAAAGGACCCUAGAUAA